UUCUGUCAAUCGUUUCCAUGUGAGUCGCCGAGCGAGUGGGGGUGAGUAAUAUGCUCACAUCCGAUCCUUCGCUGCUGACGUGGGGGCGUCCACAAACCCGAUGGGCGGGAAAGGAAAAAGGCACAACUCGUUCAUUCACUGAGUCGAGCAUGACGAGUUAAACGGCCUCACACUUGACUAUGGCCAGGGGUGAGGGCGGUGAGACUUACAGCGCGGCGGCUACCUUCCUCCAGCCCAAGAAGAUCAGCGGCAUUGACCGCUCACUGAAGCAGAGAUCAGUGAGAAAGAAUCUGUCAGUAUGCAACAAGUUGUGUUAUGCUAUUGGUGGAGCACCCUACCAGAUUACGGGAUGUGCCAUUGGGUUCUUUCUACAAAUCUACCUGCUGGAUGUUGCACAGCUUGACCCAUCGUCCGCAUCCCUGAUCCUUUUCAUUGGCCGAGCCUGGGAUGCCGUCACUGACCCUACUGUUGGCUUCUUCAUAAGCAGAAGCAAAUGGACAAAAUUUGGAAGACUACUGCCAUGGAUAAUUUGCUCGACACCGUUUGCAGUAGCCUCUUACUUUCUCCUGUGGUAUGUACCAGAUGGAAAUCUAUCCGAGGUUGGAAAAAUCUUUUGGUACUUGAUCUUCUACUGCUUGUUUCAGACGAUGCAAACAUGCUUCCACGUUCCCUACUCUGCGCUUACAAUGUUCAUAAGCACAGACCAGAAGGAGAGGGACUCUGCAACUGCCUAUCGUAUGACUGUGGAGGUGCUGGGGACAGUAUUGGGAACGGCAAUACAAGGCCAGAUUGUCGGUGGAGCAAACUCUCCAUGCAUUCACGAGAAUGAUAUUAAUGCCUCAAUAUCUACAAUUGACAUCAACAGCACGCAGUACAACUCCAUCACUUCCAUCACCCAACUGAAAAGUGCAUACAUGAUGGCAGCCGGGGUUAUUGGUGGUGUGUAUAUUCUGUGCACCAUCAUUUUGUUCGCUGGAGUCCAAGAAAAAGAGGAUCCACACAUUAGAAAGACACAGAAACCAUUCUCGUUUUGGAAAGGGUUGAAACUGGUCAUGAGCCACGGACCUUAUGUGAAGCUGAUCAUUGGUUUCCUGUUCACUUCAUUAGCUUUUAUGUUGCUGGAAGGGAAUUAUGCUCUGUACUGUUCCUACACUCUGGGCUUCCCAAACGACUUCCAAAAUAUUCUGCUGGUUAUCAUGCUUUCCGCAACGUUGACCAUCCCUUUCUGGCAGUGGUUUUUGACCAGGUUUGGCAAGAAAACUGCAGUGUACGUCGGCAUCUCUUCGGCAGUCCCUUUUCUCAUCCUGAACGUUCUGGUGAAGGCCAACCUAAUCGUGGCCUAUGUUGUGUCAUUUGCCUCUGGAGUGAGCGUGGCUGCUGCUUUCCUGUUGCCAUGGUCCAUGUUGCCCGAUGUUGUUGAUGAUUUCAGACUGAAGAAUCCAGACUCCAUGGGACAUGAAGCAAUUUUUUACUCCUUCUAUGUCUUCUUCACCAAGUUUGCAUCUGGAGUGUCCCUUGGAAUAUCCACGCUGAGCCUUGAUUUUGCAGGUUACCAGACCCGAGGAUGUGAACAGCCUGAUGCAGUGCAUCUGACUCUGAAGAUGUUGGUUUCUCCAGCACCUAUAUUCUUAAUCAUACUGGGAUUGAUUCUUUUUAAAUUGUACCCAAUUGAUGAGGAAAUUAGAAUGAAGAACAGGAAAGCACUUGAAGACUUGCGAGAUGAUGACCAACUUUCACAAACAGAUACAAAGGAACGCUGCAGCAUUGUAUAACAUAUUUACAGAUAUGAAAUACUUUUUUUUGUACAGUGUACAUUGCAUUAAAAUGCGAAAACGACAAGUCACCCACAGAAGACUGACUUCCAAACAUAUGGAUUCAAGCUAACCUUUUCCACACUGUUUAAUAUGUUUACAUUCUAUUCAUACUGAACAUAGAAUUUGUACAGUGUAUAUUGUUCUAAUUUAGAAAGCUGUACAGAUAGCUUGGUCUAAUGUAAAUUUAUAUAAAUCUCAAUGUCCUGUAUAUAUUUGAAUUAAAAUAUUAGUUGGCAAUAAAAUACCUAAAUCAC